AUGGAGCGACGGCACCUUAUCACCUAUGCAAAAUGGGCACCAGGGCAACCAUCGACCGGUGAUUGCAUGUACUUGAGCUCGAAUGACUACAACUGGCGAACGAUUGACUGUACAGCCAAUCUACCGUAUCUCUGUCAAUUGCCAAAUGUGACAACUCCAAAUUGUGACGUCACACAAACACCUAUUGCCUGCCCUGCUGGGUCGAGGUACAUCCAGGAGCUGAAUUCAUGCCUCCAUGCGGAUAAUAACCUUGUUUCCGCUUUGUUGGCAGAGAAGUAUUGCAAGGCGUUUGACGGACAUCUUUUCUCAAUUCACGACGCAGAGACGGAUAACUUUUUGACCCAAAUUUCGUAUACAUCUAUUGCCUGCCCUGCUGGAUCGAGGUACAUCCAGGAGCUGAACUCAUGCCUUCAUGCGGAUAAUAACCUUGUUUCCGCUUUGUUGGCAGAGAAGUAUUGCAAGGCGUUUGACGGACAUCUUUUCUCAAUUCACGACGGAGAUACGGACAACUUUUUGACCGGAAUUUCGUAUACAUUAAUAAACGGCGAUCAGUUCUACAUAGGAGCAAAGAAAAAUGCGAGCACUUAUAUGUGGACUGAUGGGACAGCGUUUGACUACACGAAUUGGAAGAAUGGUGAACCACAGCUAGAGUGUGUGGUGAUUCAACGGGAAUCAGCUGCUUGGGUGACCGUCAACUGUGCCAAUCAACUACCAUUUAUGUGCAACAUACCCCCAAUUGUAAAUGGUGGCUGCACGUAUCCACCAAUGACCACCAUGGAAACCACAGCAUCAUUGGCUGGCAGGAGUACCCCUACAAUGACACCACUCAACUGCCUUCCAGCUGCUCAGCAACAGCUUUACAACUGUCAAAAGGGAUGGCAGUACUUUCCAGCAACCGGAUUCUACUACUUGGUCUUCUUCGAUAGCUCCUACUCACAGGGUGAAGCCUAUUGUGUCAGUCAGGGCGGGCAUCUAGCCUCUGUGCACAGCGAAGCCGAAGACGAUUUCAUCUCAAAUCUUUGCUGUGACUCGGAUUGCUCUUUUCGUAAAGAUGGAGACGGCUGGAGUGCUGCGGGACUCUUUAUGAUUGGCGCCCAAAAACGCUCGCUUCAUUUUGAU